GGCCCGCGCGUCACGCACGCCCCGCCCACCCCGGCGCCCCGCCCGCCCGGCGCCCGGUGACAUUGAGCGGCCCGGCGCCGCGCCGCCUAGCGAGGUGCUGCUGUGCUGUCGGCGGAGCGGGCGGCCAUGGGGAGCCUCCGCGGCCUGCGCCUGGCGGCAGGAAAUUGUUUUAGAUUAUAUGAAAGAAAUGCUUCCUCCUCUCUAAGGCUCACCAGAAACUCCGAUUUAAAGAGAAUAACUGGCUUUUGCACCAAACCACAAGAAAGUUCUAAAGCUUCAUCCAACCCUUACAGCCACAGAGUGCCACUGCACAAACCUACAGAUUGGGAGAGGAAGAUCCUCAUAUGGUCCGGUCGUUUCAAAAAGGAGGAUGAAAUCCCAGAGACUAUCUCGUUCGAGAUGCUGGAUGCCGCGAAGAACAAGCUCCGCGUGAAGGUCAGCUACGUGAUGAUCGCCCUGACGGUGGCAGGCUGCAUCUUGAUGAUCAUUGAGGGCAAGAAGGCCGCCAGAAGAAAUGAGUCUUUAACAAGCUUGAACCUGGAAAAGAAAGCUCGUCUGAGAGAAGAGGCAGCUCUGAAGGCCAAAACAGAGUAGCAGAGGAAUCCAUGUUUGGCUGGAUUCUGACAAUCCAGGAAUCAUGUUGCAGCACCAAGCCUAUGUUGAAAAGAAUGGGGGAUGAGGAGUCAUUUCAUAAAUACAUUUUGCACAGACUUAUACCAUUUCCGUAUUUCUGCUGUAGAGGUACAAAUAAAUUUUCUUGCAGAAUAACUUGUCUACUAUGUUUUGUAACUUUGAUCCAAGUACAAUGCAGCCUCUUAGCUUUUUGGAGAAAAUAAAGAGACAACUUACUUUAACUUCAAUUCCUUAGAAAGUCGUGUAUUGUCCUCAUACCUUCCUUGUAUUCCCAUUACACUGUGACUGCUCUCCAGAGGCCCAAACGGCCAUGUGUCCCCAGCGACCGGGAGCCUGGCUUUCAGCAGCCGGCCUUCAAAGGUGGCUCAGCUAUGCUGGCAGCCAGAGGCACUGAGCUGGACAUCCGAGGACUUCGAAAUCCCAACUUCGUGGGAUCCUCUUAGCUCUGUGGCUCAAGAGUUCCCUCCUGAUCCCUUCCUGCCUUCUGAGAAACUAAAUUUCUCAAUCCUAAAAGUCUCCUGUAUUUCCUUACUAAUACUGCAGGACAAGCAUUUUCCUCUACUGUGUAUGUCACUCAUUCUCUUGACUUUGAGCUACCAAGUUGUCUCCUAUGUAGGUACGGUUGUUAGUUUCUGUUUCAAGUAUAUAUGUGUUCUCACAUGUCUCCUAAGUAUCACUGGGUGAAAACGUGUUCUGGCCGUGGCAAUGUGCUAAUUACCUUCAGAGUUACAAGAUUAAAAAGUCAUAAAUGUAGCUGUUUGGGAACUUGGUUUACUAAAAAUACUUGAGUAGAAUGUAACACACUGCCUGUGGCUCACAGUCUGGUGUUUGUGGUGCCUCUGUACACUUACAGUAAUAGGAUCUUGGCUUCUGCCUAGGGAUCAAGUGCUUUGAUUUUUAUCAUUUGCAAACUUAUCAAAAAGCAUUGGUUCUUAUACAUUAGAAGGUCAGUUUUCCUUGAUUGUUUUGGGACACCUAAACAAUCAAAUAAGUAACAGAGUUGUGCCAUGUUCACCUUUUGAAAUGCAUUUUAAAAGGCUGUACCUUGGAGAUUCACUGCAAUAAAAAUGUUUUAUUCAACUAAA